AGAAUAUCCGAAAGAAAACAGAAGCAAAGUAAAAGAAGUUUACCUUAAUGAACCCGAUUUAGAAGGAGAAUUAGAUUUAAGAGAAUUUACUUAUUAUGAAGUUGGCGCAAAAGUAUUAAUUUCCUUAGCAGUAAAUGAAACUAAACUAAACCUAAAAAACUUGCCAAAAAACACUAAGAUCAUUAGACUGAUUCCGGUUCAAGAAUAUCUCAAUAAAGAAUAUCCCACCCGCCAAGAAAGAGAACAAGUAAAAGCAUUGGAUGUUAGUGACAAAAACCUUGAAGGGAGUCUUGAUCUCUCUGAUUUUGUUAGUUUAAAAGAAUUAAAUUGUCAGUGUAACAAACUAACUUCACUCAAUUUAACUAAUUGUUUGCAAUUAGAGAAAGUCGAGUGUUCCUACAAUAAACUAAUUAACCUGGACAUCAGUAAUUGUUUUCCCUUAACCAAACUUAAUUGUGACGAUAACUUACUAACCAAUCUUAUUUUACCCGCUAAUCUUAUUAAUUUAAAAGAAUUGCGAUUAAAUGAUAACAACUUCCCACUCCAAGAUUUAUCUUUUUUAAGAGAAGUUACUAAUUUAGAAAUACUUUGCUUAGGAAAUAAUAUGAUAAUUAAUAAUGGAGAAAAAGCCAACCGAGGCAUCUACAACCGUUUUAUUGGUUCCUUAGAUUAUUUAAGUGAGAUGAAGCGAUUAGAAGUUCUUGAUAUUAGAAAUACUGAUAUAAAUGAAGUAGAUAUAGCACAAUUACCGAAAAGUUUGGAGACAAUCGUGUAUUCAAUCGACAAAAGACCAAACUGUCAAUUAAAAACUAUUAUUUCCCAAUUAGAUAAGUUGUUUGCUAAUGCUAGUCCUUAUCUGGACAAAAAUUAUGACGCUUUUUUGGCUUUGGAUGUUGUAUGCAAUGGAUUACGACCUAAUUUAGAAAAGUUAAAAAUACCUCAGUUACUGAAAGAUUUAAUUGAAAGCAAAUAUGUUCAAACAUUAUUUUAUCAACAGUAUCUAGAAAUAAAAGAUGAGUACGAUAACUUUUCCCAAAACUUGGCUUACAAGUCUCAUCCUACAGCAAUUAUGACCAGUAAGUUGAUAAAUACUCGACAAAUUAGUGAAUUAUUGCGAGAGCAUGCUGCUAGUAAGGAUCUAGAAUUAAGCCUUUUUAGGUCAAACGAAAUGACUGAUCAAGGGCUCUGA